AGUGAAAGUAAAGUAGAAUGAAAAGCAGAGAAAAGGUACAAAGAAUACAAACAUAUUUGUUUGGGGAGAAGGAAAAAGGAAAGAGGAAAUGGAGGGAGGGACACGUGUCAACUCAUUGAUAAACUAAAAAAAAGAAAAAAAAAAAAGCUCCAGAUAUUUUUACGACCGGAUAGGUUAGAUAUUUUCGAAAAUAAUAUUUUUCAAAACACCCAAAUUGGACACGUGUUCCUCUCUCCACAAUUGCUGACGCUUCCUCUCGAUUCUCUCCUCAAAAACAAGCAAUACGAUUAAGACGCGUGUCCUCUCCUCUCACCUCAUAACACCUUUCUUCAGAUCACAACCAACCAUUAAACCGACACGUUUCGGUUUUAACUCACCCUUUAAGACACAUAUAUAUCAUCGCCUUCUCUCUUCGCUCUUCCCAACGUAAAAGAAAAACAAAACCUUAAAACUAUAAUUUUUUUCCCCCAAAUUCCCUAAACAUAAAAUUUGUUUUUUAAAAAAAAAAAAGAAAAAUGAAUGCGAAUACUAACCGGAGAUUUAAACCUUCACCGUCGCCGCAGGGCUCCGAGUCUGACGACUCCGGCAUCUUCAACGAGCGGAUACUUCUUCUUGUGUUUCGGACGAUCAAGUGGGAUUUGCGAACGCUUUGCAUUACAGCUUCUCUUAAUCGAAAGCUUCGAGCCAUAGCUGAGAGAUUGCUAUGGCGAGAACUCUGUUUCAAUCGAGCUCCUCGAAUGUUAGCUGCAUUGACUACCGGAGCUCCCAAUGCUCGAGUCGGCGGUGGAUGGAACGCGCUUGCUAAAUUGAUGUUCUUCUGCUGUGGUUGCCAAUCCAGCCGCCAUUUCAAGGUGGCUCAGCCUUUGCCAGGACACUUCGUUCACGAAUCGCGCUUCUCCAAAACCUCAGGCCAGAGCUUCCUCACCAAGAAAUGCCGGGGAGAUUUGCUUUACGUGAGCGAUCCUUGUGAGCAUUCUAAUGGGAGGGAUGAGGAUGAUUUAGGGAUUUAUAGAGGAAUCUUUCGGGGAUUUAUGAGAUCGAAAACUAGGGCAUUCUUGAUUAAACGUCAGGUGAGGUUGGAAGAAACAACCAGAUGCCCUUAUUGUGGGGCUCGGGUGUGGAGUAUGACAACGGCUCGACUCGUGCCAAAGAGCGUGGCGAGGCGGCUCGGGACACACGAUGGAGGUCUUGAAUAUUUUGUUUGUGUGAAUGGGCAUUUACAUGGCUCUUGUUGGCUUGUUCCUUUAUCCUCGGAGGAGGACGAUGGAGGAAACAGCAAUGACGAUGACGAUGACGAGGGGGAGGAGGAGGAAGAGGAGGUGGGGUUUUAUGGAGAAGUUGGUGAGAUGGGGUUCGAUGAUCGAACGGUGACGGACGAAAGCAGGAGCUCGAGGGGGGGAGGGCCGGUGCCGACGGGACAGAUUAGAAUGAAGUUAAAGGUGGGGAUGGAGUAGAAAGGAUGUUGGAUUCGGGAAUAGAAUUGUUGUUGAAAACUUGAAAUUGAAGAGAAAGGAUUAGAACAAAUUUAGUGAGCAACAACAGAUCGAAGACAGAUUGAAAAAUGGAAGAAAUUGAGUAUUUUGGUAGGCAUUACUACUUUCAACAUAGAAUUCUGUUUCCAAUACACUGAUUAUACUGACUUUCAACUUACAAUUCUGUUUCCAAUACACUGAUCAUGAGUAAGUAUAAUUCUAAUCACAAUCAUUUUUCCUUUUUUAAUUACAA